GGAUAAAUGUUCACGGAAACGCAAUCUAUCCCGGAACUAUUGUUCACAAUUCUGAUGUGAAUAGAUAUGUAUCUAUUCUCCGGACUGUCGUACUGGUUGCACACGGAAGUGUUAAUCACGUGACACAUGCGUAAAUAUUUCUCUUAAAGCGAAUGAUCCCCGACUUCGCUGUUUUAUCUGCAUAAAUGAUUAUCGACUUAACUUUUCCUUAGUUUAAACUGCGUAGAUUUUGUCUAGUAUCCCCAAUUUAUUGCAAUAUUCAAGCUAAGCAAGACAAAAUGAACGUGGAUCUUCCGCAAACCGGACAGACUGGAGCAGCAGCCGCAUCCAGCAGCAGCAACUGCGUCCCGAACAGCACCUCCACAAACGCCAGCAGCAUCCCUGCGGUCGGCAGCAGUAAUGUUCCCACUUCGGCAGCCAUGGCGACCCCAUCAUCCGACUCCAGCGUGUCAAACGGGGUGUAUGUGCCCACAGGCAUCGCUAAUGGAGACGUGAAGCCCGUUAUCUCAACCACACCGCUGGCCGAUUUCCUGAUGCAGCUGGAGGAUUACACUCCUACAAUCCCAGACGCAGUCACAGGAUACUACCUCAACCGAGCUGGUUUUGAAGCAUCAGAUCCAAGAAUAAUCCGUCUCAUAUCUUUGGCAUCGCAGAAGUUCAUCUCAGAUAUUGCAAAUGACGCACUACAGCACUGCAAAAUGAAGGGCACGGCCUCUGGAAGCUCCCGAAACAAGACCAAGGACAAGAAGUACACGCUGACAAUGGAAGAUCUGACACCAGCCAUGGCAGAGUAUGGCGUAAAUGUAAAGAAACCUCAUUACUUCAUUUGAGGGGAAGUGCUUCAUUGAAAUGGACUGCUGGAAAUGUGCUGUUUGUCCCAUCAGAGCUUUGAAGGCAUUAUCCUUCAGCGUGGGAACCAUCAGCCCACUGGCCCACAGCUUUUAGGGAUUUAGCAGCUUUUUUGUAUUUUCUUUAAGUGUGCUUAAGUUGUUUGAUUACACCACACCGUGUGACUUUAGUUGAUGUAAGUAAAAAUCCUGUAUAAAUAAAUUCAUUGUAAUUAA